GUUGACUCUUUAGAUUAGAUAUUGUUUCACUGUGGCACUUCAUGUCGGUUUCCAGGGAAACUAGGACGCCUCUACAGAGGGGAAACCCCUGCUAGUGACGGGGAUCACCUCCCUAUCCACCAAUGGCGAGCCGAGGAACAGACUUCCCGCUCCGGCAUCCGCCCCUGCGCGUAUUUAGGAACUACGAAGCACAGGCAAAAGAACAGGUGCACAUUCAGCCACAGUGGAUUGAAAGGGUAACAAGUUAGGCUACUACUGUCAGUCAGUAAAGUUCACAAGAGUUUUUAUUUUGUUAAGCUAACAUGGACUGGAAGUUGAAUAGAUAUUCGCGUUUUAAAGUGAAAACCGAGGACACGGUGCUUUGGGUAGGUUUAGGUCCACCUACUGUUGUGUAGUGCGUAAUUGUGGGGUGAACGCCGAGUGUAAACUGUUAUUUAAAAAAAAAAAUUCUACCGGUCAGGAGAACAUCACGAGGAGGCUGCUGGUGGAUUUCAGGACGAAGAGGAGACAUUGCUCCGUUCCUACAUCACAAAAGACAAGCACCGAGGUGCCUCAUCUCUCAUUAUCGUACAAGCGCUUCAAGAGUCGGAUGGUGACCAGGCGGCUGGGCGCAGAGCAGCCUUUAGCCAGUAGCCCCAUGGUCGCCAGGGGGCGCCAUUCUCCCUGCCGAGAGGUCGACACGGUCUGUCAGAGACUGUCUCUGGAUUCACCGUCAGGGGGCGCAGCGAGAACAAAACUGACACAAGAGCAGAGCACAGAGACAAGCCUUCAAGACACAGUGACGGAGGCUGUAGUGUCAGACCUAUCACAGCAUGUCGUCAGACCUGUCACCGCAUCGACCACUUACAGGAGGAAUGUGCCUAAACAGGAUUGGGUGUGGUCUGCUUCUGGAGAACAGGACAGAUGCUCAGAGAAGGCAGCCAUUCUCUGUUAUGCAUCUGGCUCCCUCUACUCCAGACCAGUCUAAACCACAGCUGACUCUGGCACUGCCCUCUCUGCAGGAUGACUACUACAGCCACCCGUUGGACUGGAGUAACAGUGGAAUCGUGGCCAUGGCCCUGGGGUGUGACGUGUUCCUGUGGAAGGCAGACACACCCACUCUGCAGGGCUGCAUCCAUCCCAGAGCAGCACCUUCUCUCCCACUGAGCCUGUCUCACUCUGUGUCUUCUGUGUCCUGGAGCAGAGAUGGAUGUAUACUGGGCAUCGGGACCAAGGAGGGCGACGUGCAGCUGUGGGAUGUGGAGAAGAGGACCAGACUGAGAACUAUAACGUCACACCUCUCUGGAGUGGGGGCACUUAGCUGGAACCAACACGUACUCAGCAGCGGUUCUGUUCUCGGGCUAAUCCAUCACCAUGACUACCGACUUGACACCCCGACAGUGGGUGUGUUCCAACAACAAGGGGCCGUGUGCGGGCUGGAGUGGGCACCGCAAGGAGAUUGGCUGGCCAGUGGCUCAAUAGAUGGCCUCCUCAACAUCUGGACCAAUGACCUGGGGUCUAAGACGAAGACACACCCACCUGCUAGGACAAUGACACAACCCAGUGCGGUCAAGGCUAUGGCAUGGUGUCCUUGGCAGAAGGAGCUGAUCGCCACGGGAGGGGGGCAGAGCGACGGUGUUCUGAGGAUCUGGAAUAACCAAUCAGGUACCUGCGUUGACUCCGCCCAGACCAACUCACAGGUGUGUUCCGUGGUCUGGUCAGAGGAGAGGAAGGCUCUGUUUACUGGCCAUGGUCUUCCUCAUCACCACAUAACCUGCUGGAGCCCCUCCCCCUCACUGGAAGAGACCUACCAGCUACAUGGUCACAUAGGUCGUGUUUUGCACCUGGCCCUCAGUCCCAAUGGAACCAAGCUCCUCUCAGCUGGAGCAGACUGUCUGGGCCAUGUCUGGAACACCUAGAACACCUAGAACACCUAGGACACCUAAAACACCUAGGACACCUAAAACACCUAGGACACCUAAAACACCUAGGACACUGUCUGGGCCAUAUCUGGAACACCUAAAAUACCUAGGAUACCUAAAACACCUAGGACACCUAGAAGUAAGCUCCUUUCCCUUCCUCUCAGCUGGGGCUGACUCUCUGAGCCAUGUCUGGAACUCCUAGAAUCAACAAAGACAUGCAGACGCAUGCACACACACACACACGCACACACACACACACACACACACAAAUUCAAUAAGGUAUGUAUGGGCUGUUCACAUGAGAAAUGAUUCAGGUGUUUGAGGUUUGACUUUCAACACAACAAAUCCUCUCAGAGCCAGAUGAAAUGGCAACUGAGCUUUUCUGAGAGAUGUAUGUGAAUCAAAUAAAAUGUAAUUGUAUUGGUCACAUACACAUGUUUAGCAGAUGUUAUUGCGUGUGUAGCGAAAUGCUUGUAUUGUCAGACCUGGUCACGACUGGUUCUAGCUGAACUUUCCCAGUUAUUUGUCUAAAUGCAUCGUUCAGUUGUAUGAUCAGUCAAAUGAUUGGAUAUGUUUGUGAUAGCAUGUUCAUUUGAUGUUUUGUGGUGUAUUUUUUCAUAAAUUAAAAAUAACUGUAUAAAUAUCAAAUCAAAUCAAAUAUGUUUCUUUGAUGAAACAAGAGUAAGCAUUUUAGGGCUUUGAUCCAAUUAAAGCAUA